AUUAAUUCAACACCAUAACAAAUCAUCAAGCAAUCAAACAGCGAAUCUCUUCAGAGGCGACACUCUUCCAUCCAAAUUAUCAUCACUGAACAAACCACCAGCCCAACACACCACACAACCGCAAAAAUGGGCGCCGUCGUCUCUUGCAUCCAAUCCGUUUUCCGUACUAUCGGUAACUGCCUGACCUCUAUCAUCUCGGGCAUUGGCGGUAUCCUCCACGCCAUCAUCGGCGGUAUCGUCUCUUUCUGCAACAUAAUUAUCAGCUUCCUCACCUGCGGCUACUGCGGACGCCGCGGCAGCGGCGGCGGUCGCCGGUCGCGCCAUACGACCACGACUAGAAGUCGAGUCUAAGCCGGCCCUCAUCUGCGAAUGUUCCGGAUGGACAGCCUACAAUCAAGCGUCUUGCCGUUCACAGAUCGAAUGAGGGAGACGUCACACUUUAUGAUAUGAGCAUUCACGAGCAUUCGAUUCGAAUUCUUUCUGCCAGAGAGAGGAGGGGCAACCAGGGGAGGAGGCAUGGAUACCUGCGACUGCUUUUAUCGAGCGUGCGCGAUCAGCUUUGACAGCAUACCCGAGUUUCUUUUUUCUUUUCCACGAUACCCAUAUACCAAUCAGCUUAGCUUCAAUGGUAUUACAAGAUAUCCACAAUUUCCUACUCCUUGAGAAACAUGAUGUAAACCUGUUCAGUACACAUUUGUGAUGGUGUUAACCAUUUGCACUUUGCCGCUCCUCUGAAUUCG